AUGUUUUGGUUUUGAGCUAGGGAGCGCUCAAGAUAGAAUAGAGAGCUUUCUGAAUAAUAUUUUGAUUGUUAUUUUCUGAGAUAAUUAGGAGUCAUUCUUAGACAUUAGCUUAUCAUCGAGUUAAAAAUGUCUGGGGAACAAUAUGAUAUUUCUCCUCAGGAGAAAAGGCUAAUUGAAGAGCGUCGGAACCAUCGAAUGAAAAUGAAAGCCCAAUGGCAAAAGCUGGUUUCUGACCCUCACAGCCACAAGCAUGGUGGAUAUGUGUUCGACCCGGCCAUGCAGCGGUUCAUGUCGAUGCGGGUGACCCAGUACGAAUCGUUCCGGCCGACGCUGGGCAACUUUUUCCGCGGCAUCGGCAUCACCGCCAUCCCGAUCCUGCUGUUCGCCCAGCUGAUGCACUGGGACCGGACGAGGAAGGAGAAGGAGUUCAGCACCGGCCAGGUGGCGUACAAGGACCGCCUCUGGAAGACCUACCGCUAGUGAGCUGGCCGGCUCGGGGGUGGUAUCGUGAAUGGUGUGAACUGAACUACAGAUGUAAAAUACAUUAGCUGAUCGUGUCA